AUGAUAACUGGUCCGGAACGCUCCCUGCCACGCGAUCGCACACUACCACCCAUCCGCGAAGAUGAUUCAACAUGUUCCAUUGGACCCAACUCGGAGGAUGAGGUUUCGUUUAUGUUGCGAAAGGCGACCAUUGAUCCAUCUGGGCACUGCACCCGCUCCUCUGCUACCUUUAGUAGUACGUCACGCUCUUCAUCCCCAGAGUCGGUGGUAUUUUUGUCUUCAAUUGCAAGGAUUCCUCAAUCAUUCCUUGGCGGCGGAAAUAAUUCUCAACUGGCUUUCGAGACGAGUACGAUCCUAGAAUCAGCCGAUAAUAUACAGGACGAUCGGUCUAUUCAAACCCACAUGCAGCGUCCAAGAUGCGAGUCGCCCCGGCGACACAUAAACGAGCGGGUUGAAGCUCAAGGCCAAAUAUCAGCAAACACAAAUGACACUCCGGUGCCCUCUUCGUCCGUCAUUCAUCAUGAUGAUUCAGAUUGGAUAUUCUUUGAUCCACCCCGGCCUAUUCCCGCUUUGCAUGGACCACCGAGCCUACCUUAUGCUCGUUGCCCAUCGGGCGCCGAAGGGGUAGCUUUGGAUGAUCAGCAAGAAUUAGAUGGUGUAAUUUGGGGUCUUUCAGAGAGGCGCCAUAUCGACGAGUCCAAAAAGGCCGAAGCGUUAGACGCUGAACAACACACGGCAACCAUACUAGCACCCUCUCUCCAUCAAGAAAAUGGAUCUCAGGCUAAGAAUAUUGAAUCCCAUACUGCCCCUAUAGUACCCAAGGUCCGACCGGUGAGUACAAGCACCCACAGCAUGCGUCCGAUGGCAACUAUCAUGGAACAUGAACCAAACCCUUCCCCCAACUCGAAUGAAAAGCACGUCAGGUUUGCCGAUAGCGCCAACGAAGUGUCCGAUGUGCUCGAGGCGAAUGUAACGGCGACCCCUCCUACGGACCUCUCCUGGAUUCUACUCGGCCAACUGGAAAAAGCUCGGACAACUCCUUUAUCCCGUAAGGAGACUUUGGAUCAACUUCGUCGGUUUGGUGUGCCCUUCCGUCCAUGUGGACUUCCCACCCCUCCCGACACUGUCUCUCCCAAGUUUAUCUCGCAGUUUCCUUCCUUGGAUUCGAUUUCGGCGCUUGAUCGAACGACCCAUUGUGCUAACGUGGCGCCUCUAAAUUCUGCAUAUGAACUGCCUGUGCCAAAGGGGGUUUCGAAAGGUGUUAUGCAGACAUUUGGUGCCACCUCGCUCCUCAGUAGUGAUUUGGGUAUCCCAGCGCCCAUAACUAGCUCGGCCCUCGGCCCUCUAUCCAAUAUCAAAUCCAUCCCACUUUUGAAACUUCGGCAGCGACAGCAUGGUGAUAUAGAUUUACGGCGCAAAGGCGAACAGCCCCUUGGAGCGGCCCCCCUAUCUGGGCAUGACGUGCAUAUUGAAACUCCUAAAGUGGAUUGCUCUUCAGUUGCCACGGCUAAGACUCUCCAACCUUUUUCAACACUGCACCAAGGUGAGACGUCAUCAGCCACUACUGCCAUACCGGAGGAUGCGGUGGCCAACAGAAAGAAGUUAUCCCCUCCUAACAACCGACGCCAGCGUAAAAGCAAACGAAAUCAGCCAGAGUCCUCUGUCCAAUCUGGAUCCACUUCCAAAGAGAACGAUCAAACCACCAGGCCAAAAAAUAAUGCCGAUAGCUCCAAGGCAUCUUCUCGUCAAAGUGGGCGCAAGAGAAAUCAAAGGACCCGUGCCGAUAGUUUGCCCCAAAAAGCCUCUCGUACUUAA